AGUGAUUAUUAUCGUUUUCAUAAUUUUUCACUGAGAUCACUUGACUGAUAAUCUAUAUCAGUUUCUAACCUCAAUAAAUAUUUAAUAUUAUAUCAUUUUCUAUCUAGUAUUUUAAUCUAUUGAUAAAGGCUAUCUUUUUGAAGUUGUUAUCCGAAUAUGAAAUUAAAUAGAGCACAGUAAACAACUAUAUGUCCAUAUCAAUGUUAAAUAAUGAUUAUGAUGUCUAUUAUGAAUCAUAUCGUGGUAAUUUUAUAAAUUCAGUAUCUUUUCCUGGUUUAUAAAUAAUGUUAGUCUCUAGUAAACGUUAUUAGGUGAAUAACAUUGUAAUAGUCAACGUUAAAUAAAAAUAUCAUCAAUAAUUAAUAAUUAACAUCAUCAAAAUAUUUGUUAUAGCGCCAAAUUGUGGUCCCUUUAUGAUUGAUAAGAUUAAAAAAAACAUAUAAAGAAAGUAACAAUCCAGUGAACAUCAUAAGAAAAAAUUAAUCAGUAGCAAUAAUGUUACUAACAUUAAUAUUUUCGUUAUUUAUUGUUACUGUACAAUGUAGUUUUGAUCAGAUAUAUUCUAUAAUUGAUAGAAGUGAAGAUGCUUAUGCAAAGAUAAUUAAAAAUCAAUGCGAAAAUUCAGUUUCAUGUGAAACUGAAUAUAAACCAACAUGGGACAGUUUAGAUAAACGCCCUCUUCCUACAUGGUAUGAUGAUGCAAAAUUUGGAAUUUUUAUUCAUUGGGGAGUUUUUAGCGUUCCUAGCUUUAGUUCAGAAUGGUUUUGGAAACACUGGACAGAUGAAAAAGGCAAUGGAACAAUUAGUGAUUUUAUGAGGAAAAGAUAUCCACCUAAUUUUACUUAUCAAGAUUUCGCACGUGAUUUUACUGCUGAAUUUUUUAAUGCUACACAAUGGAGCAAACUUUUCGAAGCAGCUGGUGCUAAAUAUGUUGUUUUAACAAGCAAACAUCAUGAAGGAUAUACUUUGUGGCCAUCUAAAUAUUCUUAUAGCUGGAAUUCUAUGGAUGUGGGUCCACAUAGAGACUUAGUAGGGGAAUUGGCAGAAGCCAUUAGAAAAAAUACGAACAUAACAUUUGGUCUCUAUCAUUCUCUAUUUGAGUGGUAUAAUCCUCUUUGGUUAUCUGAUCAAAAGUCUAAUUUUUCUGCUGAUGAAUUUGUGACUUAUAAAAUUUUACCCGAGAUGUUGGAACUGGUGAACACAUACAAACCUGAAGUUCUCUGGUCUGAUGGAGAAUGGGAUGCUCCGGAUACUUACUGGAAGUCAAAAGAAUUUUUAGCUUGGCUGUUCAAUGAGAGCCCUGUCAAAAAUACUGUUGUCGUAAAUGAUAGAUGGGGACAUGAGAUUAUGUGUCAUCACGGAGAUUUUUACACUUGCUCAGAUCGAUAUAAUCCAGGGGUUUUACAAAAACAUAAAUGGGAGAAUGCUAUGACUAUUGAUCGACGUUCAUGGGGAUAUCGACGAAACGCUGCUUUAAAGGAUUACAUGUCAGUAAACGAACUUGUUAAAGAGUUAGCAAUAACUGUCAGCUGUGGAGGAAACUUAUUAAUGAAUAUUGGGCCAACUAAAGAUGGAAUAAUUGCUCCUAUCUAUGAAGAACGUCUCCGACAGAUGGGAGAGUGGUUAAAAAUUAAUGGUGAAGCAAUAUACAAUACUAGACCUUAUAAAAUUCAAAAUGACACUCUGUCGAACAAUACCUGGUAUACUGCCAGUAAAGAUCAAAAAACAAUUUAUGCUAUUGUAUUAGAAUGGCCAAACGAUGAUAUUUUAACAUUAAAAAUAGACGAAGCUGUAUAUAAAAUAUCACUGCUUAAUUAUAAUGAACCAUUAAAGUGGAAAAAUAGACAACAACAUAUAUCUAUUAAAAUGCCCGUAGUAAGUCAUAUGGGUCAACCAGCAUGGGUAGUGAAGAUUGAAGUACAAAAGUCGUCUGAUGAUAAGGACGUAAAAGAUUAAAGGUUAUUUACCUGUUGUUUUUUUUUAAUAAUUAUACUUAAAUUUACAAAGA